GUGAUACUAAAACAAUUAAACCUUUCGCCCUCAAGGGCCACGGGUCUAAUUGUUAAAUAUCCCUUGGUGGAGAGUGGCAUUGGUCUUGUAAAAAGAACUAUGUCCAAGAUAAGUAUAGGAUAAGAUAGUUGCCCAUUGGCCACUCCUAAAGUUUCACUGUAUAUCUUCAUAGCUACUCUGAGCUACUUGUAUGCUAUUUAACGAUUAGACUAUGAGCCCGACUUUUCUAUGAGUGAAUAGUCAACGAAGCAUUGCCAAGUGGACUAGCGCUAGAAAACGGUUUUAUGACAGCGGUAAUAGCUGAUGCGGCCUUCGGCCUCGUCAACUAUCACGUUGGACGUAGAAACUCUGAGCUCAUAAUCUAAUCGUUAGAUAUAAUUUGUCUUCCGUUGAUGCUUGUCAGCGUUUACUGUUAAGUGGAAAUGGUGUUUCAACGGGGGUUGUAUGUCCAGUUUGCCUUUGUGUUCUUAGACUCGGUUACGAGCCAAAUCAUUCAGUACAGCCUUAUUUGUCCGGACAUUUUUAAGCUUCUUGAAAUGCAACAGUCCAGUGGGUCUUCGCCUCAUUGCCAGUGAACAGCAGAGGAUAUUGGUAUUGUGGCUCUGAUGUAUCAGUGCUCCCAUACUAGUACUGUGAAUAUGCAAGCGACGUUGAACACAUUCAUGCCAUCUACAUACACUAGUGUCUUCUACUGAUGAAAGUUAAGCGGUUGAUUCAUUUUGACAAGUCACACUAUCAUUUUUUACAUCAUCUGACUAAAACAUCUUAUUAUUAUUAUUAUUAAUAUUAUUAUUAUUAUUAUUAUUAUUAUUAUUUGAAAUACAUUUAUAGUAAAGAUCCAAGGUACAAUGUUUGUGCGUGAUCAAACAUGCAAUGUUGAUUUAUCAAGCUCAACAUAUUGUUCUGAUGACAUUAAACCUUUCGUGACAGAUAUCUUUUGUCUGAACUUACAGUGCAGUUAAAACGUUUGCCAUAAUUCCCAAUCUGUCCAGAGAACACAGUAGCAUCACGUUAAGUUUCUUACUGACAGAAAAUUGUUAUUAUUGUUAUAGGUGGCUUAUCUUGCUGACAUAGCAGCAGAGCAACAACUUUCUCAAACAGUGGCAGAGCAGCUGGCGUCCCAGAUUAACUCCAAGUUUAAGGCUUCCACGGGCUGUAUAUCGAUUGUAUAUCUAUCAGAGAGUACAAGAUCUGAUGAAAAAGAAUCUACCGAGAGCUUUAAUACAGAAAAUGUAAAGUGGUUUCUUCGAAACAUCUGUCAGAAACUCGAUUCUUGCCUGAUAAAACACACGAGGCUGGUGAAUGUCCGUUUCUAUAGCAACAAGGAGGAGUUCAAUUCACACAAGAUGGCCACAGAAGAUCUCAAGUCCUACAUUCAUGAACAAGGCGUCACUUGUUUUGGUGUGUUUGUUUCGCCAGUUCUCAACAACAGAACAGAGGAUAACGACACUAUCUCAAGACAGUUUGAGAGAGCAGCACAACUGACUAUAGGUGCCUUGAUGGAUGUGCCGUCAGUAUUCAGUGGACAGACAUUCGACUCUAGCACGUGAUUAAACUCAUCGCCAGAGAGGAGCAUGGCAUCAGUUGUCACAGGGUGAGGGGCUAGGUAGCGAGCCGAAUCUGACGGGUGUUCAGAGGUUACCAUGACAACCCGUGCACACGGCAUACUGAGAGGUUGAGUGGAAAACCUACCAUACCUACCUACUCUCGUACUUAUCCAGCUGGAGGGUGGGUCGAAAACAAACGCGACGGAGAAGGAGAGCCUUAGACAUUGCGAAAGGCAAGCAAGCUAGCAAAGGCAGGCAAAGCAGCACUCCCUGGAAUUUCCAGCGGGCGAUCCCACAAACCACUUUACUGAUGGACCGCUGACUAGUCCAUAGCUCGAAUUUAACUUUGCCUGAAUGGUUUUUUGACCACUGUUAAUCACGGACUUUGGUGAUGUGCUGUCAUUAUUCAGUGGACCGACAUUGGACGCCAACAUGUGAUGAGUUCAUUGUGGGGCCAGGCGCUACAGUUGAAAUGCUGCUGUCACAAAUCUACCGGCCAAGAACUCAGCGGAAAAUUAGCUCAUGUGAAGAAAACUGUUUGUUGUUUCUUCCGUUCCUACUGGCCGGUGGGUGAGAAAGUAACUCAAGUAUUUCCAGCUUCACACUAGGAACUCAAAAGAUAACGCUGCUUUUAUUGCUAGUAUUUCGUUGAAAGAGAUUCAUCGUUUAAACAUCUAUGCAAAAUGGAUGUUAUAAAUACCUGAAUAAAUACGUGAAAAGUGCAUUCAAAAUCGAACCUUUUUCCUUCUGUUUGUUUAAGUCAUCAGAUUUCAUAAUAUUCCGUUCCGAAAUUUCCUUGGGGAUUAUAUCAGGGUAAGGGUUACAAAAAUUAAGUUAAGAAUAAAAAAAUGGAAAUCAUUUCGGAAUUAGGGUCAUAUUGGGUUCCACGUGGGGAUCAUUUCAAAAUUGUCGAUCAGCUCGUCGUUGCUAUCAUUUCGGGAGUUUGAGAUCUGAUUAAGAACCAAACCCUGUACAAUCAUCCUCAACCGGAGAUCAGAAACCGCUAUAACAUUUGUGGUUAGAAAAGUCGAUACUCCUGCGUUAGUUUGUAUUUAAUUGCCCUCUUAACACUGCCAAGUGUUUGAGAAAGAAAAAUAUACUGCUUAGAUUGAUUUCUUUGUCUUGCCCAUAAAAAGUCAUUCUGUUUCCUCAUUUGGUUAGAAUGCUCAUCGGUUUUCAUCAUAGUAAGUUUAUCAGUCAAACUAUUUUGGAAAGUCUAAACGAAUUUAAUUCUUAUCUCAUGUUAGGUAGAGAACUCAGAUUUUAAAAUAAACCAUUCCCAAUCCCAAGGCCAACAAGCGAUAUCCAUAAAGGAACCUUUUAUGUUAGUUAAGAUGGUGACGGGAUAAGAAAAUUGCUAUUUGGCGUGCAUUUCCCCUUUUUCGCUCUGGAAGUUUUGUUGAUUUGUAAGCUUGAUUUGUCUCAAAGGAGAUGGCUGGAAAAAGCUAGAAGACCUAGAAGUUAACGGCUUUUUAAAUUUGUCAGAGCUCAGCACAUAUCUUACUUACGCAAAAAAUAUAUAUUUACGUCAUACACUUAUGAAAUAUAAACAACCAUUUGUUUCGGUCGAGUGAUAUCAUAAGUAGUGUUUGCAUAAUCUGAAUCAUAUGUUGGGUGGAAAAAGAAUGAAAACUGAAGGCUCCAAACCGUACAAGGUGGAUGUCUUGCACUUAUUACCUUCAAGACAUUUUGAACAUGUAAAGGAAUUGAAAUUUUCUUCGUUUUAUUUUCCUUAUUUUGCUUUUCUCGGCUGCCAAAGAUAUCAUUUGUACGGUGGUUCCAAGCAGUCAUUCCAGAGGAAACUAUUUCCUGUUUAAAUAUUGAAAAAUCGAGCAAUUUAAAAGCCAAACAGAUUCAAAUGGAUUUAGAAAAAAGGCAAGCUGCAAUUGCAAAUGCAUUUGACCGCGACUAAUUAAAGCAAUUAGAUGGUUUCAGCGUAGAACUCAUGUGAUACCCGCCUACAGAGAGUUCGAAUGACGAGAAAAAUAGGAACCAAGUGCCUCGGAGAAAAAACAAAAUGCAUAUCGAGGGCCAACUAUAAGAACCUCGCUUUUAAUACGAAAAGUUCAUCAAAUUGUAUUUUGUUUAGAGGGAUCCGUCCUUUUUAAGCAUUAAGAAACCCAACCAAUUAUUAGCUUGACUGAUCAUCAGUGUUUGCCAAAGAGGAUGGGAUAGCGUGUGAAACACAGCGCUGGUUAUGACAUUGUUUUUUAUUUGUUGAUUAUCAUCAUUAUAGUUGUCGUCAUAAUAGUCAUUUAGUCCUGAUUCUCUUUCCAUAGUCUGGGCUGAGCCUUUUAAAUUUCUUGUCCUUACCGUCCUUAUAUUGUACCGACUUCAAACGUUGCCUCAAGCCGCGGUCUCAAGUCAGAAACGAGAAUUGUGUUUGAUCUUUUAUUGAUCUAUAUUGUGGUAUAUUGAGAUGGCUUUUUCAGAGACAAAUAUUCUGAAACUUACGCAGAAAAGUAGCAAGCUGUAUUUGAUAGUAAAAACAUUGGAUAAUUAGGAGAUUUGAAAAUGCAGCACCUGAGUAAACUCCAUUUAAAGCGGCGAGAAAAAUGGAAAACAAUCAGGAACCUGGGAGAAAACAUAUAAAGAGGCUGCAAUCCAUCUUCUUGUUAAAAGCAAACCUGAACUGCAGUAGAAGUGGAAAGAGGUUAAUAGACCAGUUGAGGAAGAGUUGAAACGCGAGCUUGAGUAAGUGCUUUAUGAAUUCAAACAGUUUCAAAAGAAAGUAAGUAAAGCUGUCCUUGUAGGGUGCUGCAGGCACUCCCUACGAGAAGCGCCUCGUUUAUCUCUCUUUUUUUCGAGAACGGAGAGGAGAAGGAAAACAGGCUUGACUUUUUUCGGUAUAGAGCAAAUUUUCUUCGAUACUGAUAAGUGAAUUUUUCUUCCAUUCACUGAUCUAUCAUGGAAAAUAGAGAAUAUUCUAUGUUUGGGUUAAGUUUUGUUUCUUGAAGUUGAUUUUUUUUUCAAGAGAAUAUUUCCUGAAAAAAAUACUUGUUUAUUGUUAACAUGAUUUUAUCGGUAGUGUGCUUAUUCAUGUCAAUCGUUGUAAGCUAUGUCCUUGUCACAAAAUGAGAGCAUUAUAACUGAUCCCACAAGAAAAUGUGCAGCAUGAUAACAAUAACAUCAGUAGUGGACAAGUUUCAGUUUAAAGUAUCUGUAGUAACUUAUAAAGCACUUAUGUUCUAAAUAGCUGACCCAAGCACUGAAUGAGUACCCUGACGCUGAUUGCGCUCUUGGUCCUUGUCUCCAUGGCAACGCCACCAGCGCUCUGUGCACUUCUUUCAUAUGAAGCCCAAGAUACAGUUUUAGAUCUGAUGACGGAAAAAGACUUCACAGGUCUAGGAAGUGCCAAUUUGUUGGCUAAAGACGGGCCACGACCAGUAUACCGAAAAGAUCUUGAACCAAACAACAUCGCUUACUACGAAAUCCUCAGCGGAGAUGGCAAGGAUUAUUUCCUUUUAUCUUCUGGUUCCAAAACUGGUGAUAAUCGGUUUGUUGAGAGUGGUGACGUCAAUGCUAAAAGUCAGCAGUAUCGCCCUACAGACAAGCUCAACAUGGAUGCGGCCAAAAAUGGUCAGACCUGUUUCAAGCACUACCGUCUGAGCCAGGCAGGGAUUUACAUGUGUGAAGACCGCAAUGGUGUUCCAGUUGCUGCUAAUUACAACUGGACUUCUAACGCGCCAAUUGAUACAAAGCAGUGGAAAAGCUUGGCUGCAAUGGUAAAGGCAAGCCUGCCGGACUUCAACAAAGAAUGGCGGGAGCUUUCUUAUGAGGUGGGCGAGGAGGGUGAAUGGGGGAGUUUAAGACAAGUUCAAAGCGUACAGAAGCAGGUGCGAUAUGGUGAAGAGGCUCUUGAAUCAGGUUCCAAACACAGAAUAUCUCUAGGAUUCUACAACUCCAAGAGUACGCCAAGAAUAUUUUUCACCGGGACUAGUGGAAUGAAAAGUAACUUGACUGCCGCUGACUGGCAAAAGAAACUUUGUGCAGUUCUAGUGAACGUUUGCAGCGGCAGAGACUUGACGUAUGUAAACAGGCGUUUAUUUCUAUCCGCUCGGAAUGGUAUCAAGUUCUUUGAGUUAUCUGUCCAUGAUGACAAAAGCACAGUUCAGAAAAUCCUUAUGAAUACAGAUAUUAGUUUUCGUGUGCAGUUGACGACCAGUGAUGGGAUCAUGAUGGAAAAAAGGUUUGGUAUAGAGACGAAUUUCACAAGCCGAACAAAGCGCUGGAGCUCAUGGAGUUACUGGAGUAUUCAUCAUCCACACCUAUUUCCUAACUACAACCAACAUCGGUGCUGUGGAUGUUACAGUGGAUGCGGUCCAGUGGCCUGGGCUCAAAUAUUUGCUUACUAUGACAGGCUGGCUCACAUUUCAUCGUCAUACGGGUACAAUCAGAAACUUUAUCAAGGUUACCACGGCGUCAGUGGAAGCGCGUCUUGGCAGCCGCCAUGGUACACUCCCCGUUAUUACGUUGAAGACAUACGUGCUAAAGUUGACACAUUCUGUUUGUUCGGUGGCGGAGCGACCACUCACUGGGAUAUGACUGACAGCAAGCUGAGGAACUGGUACCUUACUCGGCAAUAUCCCCAAGGAGGAAGCCUUUCCUCCUACACCAGCUGGUGGUCCACACUCCCGGGAAUCUAUCGUUCCUGGAUACGGAACUCCGCCAUUAAUGCUGUCAAGAACAGAUAUCCUGCCAUCGUUGGAAUCUGGGUCGGAUCAUCACAGCAUUAUGCAGUUGCUACAAGAUACCGAUCAAGGUAUAAGAAGUGGCGAAUCUGCUGGUGGUUCUUUGGUUGGCAUUGUACCCAGUGGUUUUACAUUUACAGGCGUGAGUGGUACCUUCACAUGGGCUGGGGAGGAAGUGGAAAUGUUUGGAAAAAGGCUAAGGCAUUCUCUGCGUUUGUUGCCAGGCACUGAGCCCUCUCAUUUGAGCGACAACAAACAAACUGCCGGAUUGGACGCUUAGAUAUAUGAGGUCACACUGAACAUUAAUUGUGGAACGUUUGACAAAAAUUUAAUUCAGUCAAUAAACGUACAAACGGCUUUCCGCAAAAAUUGUCUGUUGUCAUUGACUUGUCGGUAAGGGUCAGAGUUUGGUUCUGGUUACAACAUGGUGGAAACUGGUGCAAA